UAUUUUUCAUUUGUAGACGGCGCUGUCGAGCCGGCCGCACCGUGUCUGUUUUUCGUCUCGAGAAAAUUAACUUUUGUACAACCAACACACACAAAAGAACAAGAACCAAGGCAACAUUUCACUGAUUUCUCAAGUGUGUAGAUUAAUUUCACACACACACUGUCGUGUUAUUCAACAUUUCCUACCAGUUUCCAUCGUCAGAAAACGUUGGAUUCGAUUCGUCACCCAUUUUCCUUUGUUCGCCUUUUGAGCACGUCGUCUGUUUUGGUUUUUGUCAUGAACUGCUGACGCUUUUAUCUCGUUUUGAGGGAAAACAACAAUUUUCUCUGUGUGUGUGAGAGAAGAGUUUCGUUACCGGUUUUCUUGUCUGUGCACCAAGUAUAUGAUGUUGAGUGUCCGCCAUCUCACUCUGAAACUACGAUCGCAGUCGCUGAACGAAGAAUCCAACAACCUCAACAACUCGGACAAGUCGGAGCUCGAUCGGGAUUCGGGAACGGAAUCGGACGACGAACUUGGUGACCACCACCACCCAGCCAUUUACAACAACAUGGAGCGUGAGGAGUUGAUGGACAAUUUGACGCCACGACGUGCCGUUCGGGAAAGGACCCGGUCUGAAAGUGGCAAGGAGAAUUCGAUUCGGCCGGUGGUGCCACAACGGCAACGCCGCAGCGAAAGAACUCUGCUGCGUGAGCGCUACACUGACGCUGUAAUGGCCACCACGUUGGCGGCCGUUGCGGCCCUUUCGGCCACUGGUGAUGACGGCGGCGACGAUCGCCAGUCGACGACAGAAAGUCCAAUCGAAUUCUGCACAGUCACGGACUCUGCUCUGCCAUCGGAUUCAGAUCACGGCCCUUGGGGCGAUCAACACAGUUCCGAAGAAGAACUCGAAUGCAUCAAUGGUGCCGAGGAGGAAUCGAUGGCUCACGAUUUACUCACGACACCGGCGGCAUCUUCUUCUGGAACGGCUCUACGUUUUGGUCCCAGUGCCUUCGGUCCACCCCGUUUCUGCCCGAAUCAGCACAACAACAACAAUCAACAACAACCUCGAAAAGUUGUUCAGCCGCAGGGUCCCGAGAAGCGAAAGUGGGGCCAAGUGAACCACCGGCGUUUGAGCGAGCGGAUGAAAAGUCGUCCGCGUUCGGCCGUUUUAUUGCAUCACGGCUUGAUGAUUGAAAAUGAGCCGAUGGAACGGAGCAUCAGCAGCGUCGGUGCUGCGUUCGACUGUUCGGCCUCAUCGGACGACGAGGUUCAGUCGCUGGUCGGAGGUCCUCAGGACUCGCCUCUGCCGCUCGAGUUCCGCACGUCGCCACCGGAGGGUGCUCACCGGCCGACACGCUCUCUCUCCCCACCGCCGAAAUUCUUCCUGGCCGAUCGUGAAGAUAUGGCCGCUCCCUUGAGCGCAGCAGCCAUGUUGUCGUUGCACGCGGAACCGGCUGCUCUGUCCGUCGCCAACGGCAACAAUAUCGGAUCGCCCCGCAAACGCCACCGUCACGCCCAUCGCUCCCAUCACCACAUCCAGCGUCCUUGCCUGGAUUUCGAAAAGAUGCAGCAGAUGAAGAACCGAUCCGUAUCGACCUGGCGUCACGACGGCGAACUCUCCCUCUUCUGCUGGUGAAAAUGUUUCGUUUUUUUCUCUCUCGAAAGAAUUUGGCGUUUAAGAAAAAACUAAAAAGAAAGAAAGAAGAAAAAUAUUUUGAACGCUCGUUUACUGCCCCGGGUGGCUCUCACCCAUCACCACUACCUUAUUAGAAAAAGAAAAGAAGGAAAAAUCACGCGCUCUAUUCGUGCAUCUCGCAGCGCCCUGAAGAGAAGAAAAACUUUUUUUUUUUUUCGUUGUUGUGUUUUCUUUUUUUAACGUUCCCGAUCCCUCACACACUUUGCGGGCGCGAUAUUAUUAUUUCUAUACAAAUAUUUCGCUUGUAUACUACUCCAUUUAAAAACAAAAAAUAUAAUAUUAAAAUUCGUAAAAAGGAAAAAAAUUGGAAAGACCCCAAACACAGUCGCCGAUGCACGGGAGUCAAUUUUGAUUAUCCAUGUAUCGUGAUUUUGACAGUCUUUCACUUUGCAAGACGAAAGCUGGAAGGGUCCAAUAAGAAGAAGAAAAAAAAAACGAAAAAAAAAGUGUGAAUAUUUUAAUGUCGUGAAUUCUCAAGCCAAUUUUUUAUUUUAUUAUUGAUUUUCUGGGUUUACGGGUUAAAAAAAAAAAAUAAAGAAAACAUAGAAAAAAACAAAUAUGAAUUCAGGGAGAUUGUUAAAUGAGACCUCUGGAUGGUCUGGGGAAAUCUGUAAACUGAUCGAGAGAGAGAGACUUCCACACACACGACUCGAAACCAAUCCAAGUACAAAUAUAAUAAUAAUAAUAAUUUUUUUUUUCUAUUUUUUAAAAAUCCGUGGUUAACCUGGCGGUGACAAAGUAAAAGAAAAAGUGCUUGAAAGGCCACACUGAUUUAACAAAAAAUUCUCUCUUUUUUCGAUCUCUUUUUUGAAAUAUUAUUCUCUCCUCCCCCCCCCCCUUUUUUUUCGUUUAUCGGCUUUAGGUGGAAGAUGGCGCGCACAUUGAAAUAGAAACUUGUUGUAUUUGAUAAGGAAAGACGCUAUUAUAAAUAUUACAUAUAACUUUAUACAUAAUUAUGUCAUAUUUGGAUUGGAAAGAAUAUCUUUGUCUGCGCGACAAAGUCAAUUAUUUAGUCUUUUUUCAAAUGCGUGUGCGUGUGUGUGCGGGUGUGUGUUGUACAGUAAAGCAGGAAACACAUUUGAUUAUUAUUCUAUAAACUUAAAUACUAAAUAUAAUAAUAAGUGCGUCUUUUUUCUGUUUUUCACCAGUUCCAAAUGCCUUGGUGUGUCUCGUUUUGAUUUCUUUUUUGGACUUUUUUUCUUUGUUGUUGUUGAAUGUCACCUGUGUGUGUAUACUUAUAUAAUUACCACAUUACCUACAACACGAAGAAUUUUUCGAUGGAAUGUUGUUGUGUGUUGAUUCAAUUCAAAUAAACGAAUUGUCACGAUGAA